UACGACCUUGCAAUCAGCUGUGCAUCAGCUGCACUGCCCGCUCUGUUAUAUCAGAGCCAACAACGUGGGUUGCGAACUGAAUUAUCGCGAAUUGUUGAAUUAAAAGCGUGCUUGUUUUUCCCCAAACUGGAGAACCAUGCAGAACUGCAGGCGCUGCAUCCGCCUGUUGGGCGUUGUGCGGCAGCCCCACACACACUGCCUGCGUCCGAGCCUGUCGGUUGCUUCCGAUUUCCGUCGCCUGCACCGGUCGACCCUUCAGUUCUCGCGGAAAAGGCCGGAGACGAAUGUGUCGGCGCUGUUUAAGCCGGUGCAAGUGCAGGCCAACGCCAACGACUCCGAGGACGUGGGCUCCGAGCUGGUGGGCAAGCUGGAGAAGGCCGAGCUGCUGAAGAUCCUUAACAAGUUCACGCAGCGCCGCGAAAUCAAGUCGCUUUGCAGCGAAAACGGACUGGACGCCUACUUACAGCAGCAGGCCUUCGGCUCGUUCCGGCGAUACUGCAUCGAGGCGGAGAACCUUCCUGUGGACCUGCACAUAACGUUCAGCGACAUUACGCAAGGAGCGGGCCACAUCGACGACAUCUUUCCCUACUUCCUGCGCCAUGCAAAGACCGUGUUUCCUCAUCUGGACUGCAUGGACGACCUGAAGAAGAUCUCCGACCUGCGGCAGCCGGCCAACUGGUACACCAAUGCCCGCGCCAUCACCAGGAAGAUCGUGUUCCACGCGGGGCCCACGAACUCCGGAAAGACCUACCACGCGAUGGAGAGGUACCUGAGUGCCAAGUCCGGCGUAUACUGCGGCCCCCUGAAGCUCCUCGCCACGGAGGUGUACAACAAGGCCAAUGAGCGCGGUACUCCCUGCGACUUGGUGACCGGCGAGGAGCGCAAAUUUGGCAUCAGCGAAAGCUCGCCGGCCAACCAUGUCGCGUGCACUGUGGAAAUGACGUCGGUCAACACUCCAUAUGAGGUGGCUGUGAUCGAUGAAAUUCAGCAGAUCCGCGACCCCCAGCGCGGUUGGGCCUGGACGCGGGCCUUCCUGGGCCUGAUUGCCGAUGAGGUGCACGUUUGUGGUGAGCCUGGUUCGCUGGAUCUCUUGCAGAAGAUAUGCGAGACCACCGGCGAAACGGUUGAGGUGCGGCACUACGAUCGUCUGACGGAGCUAACUGUCGAAAGCACUGCCCUGGGCUCAUUGGACAAUGUGGUGCCCGGCGAUUGCAUCGUCUGCUUCAGCAAACAUGAUAUAUAUACGGUUUCGCGGGAAAUCGAGGCACGAGGAAAGGAGGUAGCCGUAAUAUAUGGAGGCCUGCCUCCUGGUACCAAGCUCGCCCAAGCCGCCAAGUUCAAUGAUCCCGCCAAUAGCUGCAAGGUAAUGGUGGCGACGGACGCCAUCGGCAUGGGCUUGAAUCUGAGCAUUCGGCGAAUCAUUUUCUAUUCCCUGAUCAAGCCGACGAUGAACGAGAAAGGAGAGCGCGAGAUCGACACAAUAUCGGUUUCGUCGGCCCUUCAGAUAGCCGGCAGAGCGGGCCGUUUUCGCACUCAGUGGGAGCACGGCUUUGUGACUGCCUUCAAGUCCGAGGACUUGCAGACCCUGCAGCGUAUAUUGGCCCAGACGCCGGAGCCGUUGAAGCAGGCGGGACUGCACCCCACGGCCGACCAAAUUGAGCUCUACGCCUACCACCUGCCCAGCUCGUCGUUGAGCAACCUAAUGGACAUAUUCGUGAACCUGUGCACAGUCGACGAUUCCCUGUACUUUAUGUGCAACAUUGAGGACUUCAAAUUCCUGGCCGAGAUGAUACAACAUGUCCCACUGCCUCUGCGAGCCCGCUACGUUUUCUGUUGCGCCCCCAUCAAUCGCAAAAUGCCCUUUGUUUGCUCCAUGUUCUUGAAGGUGGCCAGACAGUACAGCCGCAACGAGCCCAUUACCUUUGAGUUCAUAAAAAAUAACUGCGGCUGGCCGUUUAAGCUGCCGAAGACCAUCUUGGACUUGGUCCAUCUGGAGGCCGUCUUUGACGUAAUGGACCUGUAUCUCUGGCUCAGCUACCGGUUCAUGGACCUCUUCCCCGAGGCGGCAAACGUGCGUGAGGCCCAGAAGGAACUGGACGAGAUCAUACAGCAGGGCGUCUUCCAAAUCACUCGCUUGCUGAAGAACACCGAGGCCAGUCAGGACGGAGAGAUUUCGAGCUACGCCAUGCGCCGAGUGACCCACGUCAAGGAGCCUCGCCUUCCCAGCUCGACGCGGGGACGUCUCACCGAACGGUUGCUGGCGCAAGGCCUCCUCACUCCCGGAAUGCUCAGUGAGCUGCGCAAGGAAUGGGAUGCCCAGCAAGUCGGCAGUGCGAGCAGCACAGCGAAGGAGAACCAGGAGUCGGCUGUGGAUAGUGACGACGAGGACAACUUCUCGGGAAGCGGACGCAAAUUGAGGAAAAAGCGCAGAAAGUAAACGCUAAACGUUCGGUAGGUUUAGCCGAUAGAUUAAGGAUAACUAAGGAUGUAUAUUACUGGUUUUUUAUAUAAUAUCGUUUUAUUUUAAAUGGCAAUUAAGUAAUAUUAAAAUUAUUCUUUGAUAAUCAACAAUGACAA